AUGUCAAAUCCUGAAAACAGCACAUUUUACCUGCAAUCCCAGAAGGGCCGUAUAACCAUUGCCAACUCGAACUCAGGGGAGUUUAACCUGCCUGAGAUUGAACCGUUACUCUUGGAUGACGAGGUGUUACCAAGAGCACCUUCAAGCCCAUCUUUCAGAGUGUUGGGUGUUAAUAUGCGCAUAGUGGAUAACAAGAAAGUUCACAACACCGGCAGGUACAAGAACACCAACUUGAUUGUGCGCCGAAACAAAGAGUUCAUCAUCGAUAUCAGAUUUGACCGUCCUUUCAAUAUAAUGGAAGACACCGUGGAGGUUGAGUUUUUGAUUGGCAGUUCACCUGAUGUAAACAGGGGCACCUACAUCACUGUGUCCUUUGGAAAAGAUAAAGGUGACAUGAUCUGGAGGUGCCGUGUACUAAACACAAAUGGCAAUGAGGUGACAGUGGGCAUCACACCAGACACCGGCUGCAUCGUGGGCCGCUUUCGCACUUUUGUGGCUAUUGUGAGGGGAUUAGCAAAACAGCGCACCCCGAAGAACCCUGACACAGACGUUUAUGUGCUGUUCAAUCCUUGGGACUCUGCGGAUCAAGUGUAUAUGUCUAAAGAAAGCGACAGGCAGGAGUAUGUUCUGAAUGAUGUGGGAGUCAUCUUCAAUGGAGAAAUAAACAACAUGUCCUCCCGCCCAUGGAACUAUGGGCAGUUUGAAAAAGGAGUUCUGGAUGCCUGCCUUCUGGUUCUGGAUUCUGGCAAAGUACCGCUAGUAUAUCGUGGAAAUGUGACUGAAGUAGUCCGGCAGGGCUCAGCCCUGAUGAACUCUCAGGAUGAUGAUGGCGUUCUGGUUGGAAACUGGAGUGGAGAUUACGCCAUUGGCACAUCACCCACUGCCUGGACCGGAAGUCCUGAAAUCCUGCUCAAAUAUGCCAGAGAAGAUGCAGUGCCGGUUUGUUUUGCCCAGUGCUGGGUAUAUGCUGGUGUGAUGAAUACUUUUCUGCGCUGUCUGGGGAUACCGGCGAGGGUCAUCACCAACUACAACUCCGCUCACGACAACAACGGCAACCUGAAGACAGACAUCAUGCUGGAUGAAGACGGGAAAGUGAACAGAUCUCGAACAAGAGAUUCAGUCUGGAACUAUCACUGCUGGAAUGAGGUGUACAUGAAAAGAACUGAUCUGCCACAGAAAUUCUCUGGCUGGCAGGUGGUUGACAGCACCCCUCAGGAGACCAGUGAUGGUCUUUAUCGCUGUGGUCCGACAUCAGUCACUGCCAUAAAAGAAGGAGAACUGAGCUACCCAUUUGAUGGGAAGUUUGUGUUUGCAGAGUUGAACAGUGAUGUGGUUUACCAUCAGAUUGAUAAGUAUGGAAAAACCAAGAUCCUCCAUGUGGACACUACCUAUGUGGGAAAACGCGUCGUGACUAAAUUAAUUAACAGUAAUCAAUAUGAAGACGUCACUUCUACCUACAAGUAUCCAGAGGGAAGCAAGAGUGACAAGCAGGCCAUGCAGAUGGCUGAGAGCCGUGGUGUUCCUUCAAGAGAAUACGACGAUCCUGGUGAAGCUGGGGUGGACAUCCAACUCCAAGCCAAUACUAUCAAAGUGGGUGAAGACUUCAAGCUCACCAUGCACAUUAAUAACCAGACCAGUAAACGCUGCACCAUCAAUGCCACCAUCACUGGCUCUGUGGUAUUUUACACCGGGGUUACUAGCACCACCGUCAAGCAGGAAACCAGACAAGCUACUGUUGAGGCUUGGAAAACUGAGAACCUGCUGAUAGACGUCCGAGCUACGGAGUACAUGGCCCAUCUGGUGGAGCAAUCCAAUCUGCUGUUUGUCGUGAACGGUAGAAUUCAGGAAACAGGCGUGACCCUCACCAGAAUGAGAGUUGUCACCCUUCGCCCUCCCGAGCUCACCAUACUGGUGAGCGGAAGUCCCCAGGUGGGCAAAGAUUUCACCGUCAUUGUGGAAUUCCGGAAUCUCUUUAAUUUCGCCCUGGAAGACGUUCAGUUACGCCUUGACUCACCCGGUCUGAUACAGACCAAAUUCAAGUCCUACAAACAAAUUUUACCUGGUGGCGUAUUGCAAUAUACAGAGUCCAUCACCCCUUUGAAUCCUGGCAAGAGGGUGUUGAUAGCAGGUCUGGACUGCGCUCGUUUGAGACAGGUCACCAAUCAGCUGGAAAUCGACAUACUUGCAGUCUGA